UUUAAUAAAAGUUACUCUACUGCUACAAUGAAAUUGUGCACUGCUAUACUCUUGCUUGCUUUCCUACACCACGUCAGAAGCAACCCCCACUGCGUUGGCACCUGCUAUUCAGGAACACUAUUCCCAGAAAGCAAAGACAUCUUCCGUGGAAAACAUCUCAAGGGAUACUCCUACAACAACAUCACCACUGAUGAUCCAGUCAAGUGCUACUCAUCUUGUGUCCAAGAUUGUCGUUGUAAGGCGUGUCAGAUGAAAGAUGUAAGGUGUGAGUUGCUAGAUGAGGACAAGACUUCCAAGGCUGACAAUUUUACAGCUGAGUCAGGAUACGUGUACUUUGAUCUCAAGCAGACAAUGUAUCAGGGGAGGCAAUCCCAUAUGGUACAGAGAGGAAGUUGCUAUAAUGGGUGCUGUCGAUCUCAGCCUUGCAAGAACGGGGGUACUUGCGUCGAGCAAUGCACCUCCCCAAAAGAAAAGUUCGCCUGCAGAUGUCCUUUAGGAUUCAAAGGCAAAAUAUGUGAGAAAAGUCCUUCAUCCUGUAUGGAUAUCCUAAUCGCUUCUACGACAACACCAAAAAAAGAUGUCUACAGGAUUCAAAGAGAUGACAAACGAAACUAUAUUCAAGUAUACUGUGCUUUUGAAGACAACAAGGCGUGGACGCUUAUCGAAUCGUUUUCUCGAGAAAAUAAAGAAUUCAAGAACAAGCCAUUUUCUAUUGACUAUGGAAGGAAUCUCGGCAAUGUACCGAGUUGGAAUGGCUAUCGAGUUAGAUUAGACAGAAUGAAGUACUUUCAUAACAAGUCCACCUUAUUUAGAGCCACUUGUAACUACCCAAACAGAGAAUCCCUAACACGUGACCUUCUGAUUGGUCGGUUGAGUGAUGUGGACAUCUUUAACAAGGAAGGUCAAGUUAACGAAUGUAAGAGGUAUAUAUCCAUUGAUAUUAUGGGGCACACGUGCAAAAGUUGCUCGGCAUUAACAGCUUUUGGACCAAUAAAUCCAAGACAUAUUCACCUUGAUGUUACCACUCAAAGGUGCGAGUUUAAAAUUAGUCAGCCGGACAUCAACGACAGCACUGAUUGCUUUGGACAUUAUCACACAGUCGACGAAAGAUUUACAUGUACGGCAAUGAACACAUCUACCACACAGUGGUGGUUAGGAGAAGAGAAAUAA